CUCGCAGAAGUUAACAAUUGCUUACAUUUCUCAUUCUGGAAGAAAGGCGGUGGUGUCUUUGGUUUUUGCUGUACUGAACUGUUGUGUUUGCAGCAGCUGAGCGCCAAUCCAUUCCCGAUUGUGACUCUGAGCCAGAAAAUGCGCUAAUAGGUGGCUGAGCUGAGAGCGCGAUCAAUUCCAGUUGAACAUCUGUCAACAAAAUUUCCUUUAUGUGAUACCCGAGUCAGAAUCAUUACCUUUUGGAUCAUCCUUUUCGUUUAUUUACGUUUAAAGUGUCUAUUGAGGUUUAAUUACACGAUGAGCAAAGCUACUUACAAAGACGAGCCUCCGCGCUCGUCAGCGGCAUCCGCAUACUCUCUACAACCAUACACUGAUCAUGUCGAAGCCGACAUACCUCCAAUGUACGCUGAACCAGAGGCGCCGGGGAUUGACGCUCCGUCUCAGCAGCCCGUCAGCCGCACUGCUCUUCUGCCCGAUAUGGAGGCAUACUGUAUUCCCGGUGGGACAACAUAUGCGGAUGACGUACAUGGAAGUCAAGAAUCUACCUCUGUGUCUUUCCAUCCAGACCUGAGCUCUGAUCCUAAGAUGCUGUGGGAACUUAUCAAGUCGAAAGCGGAGCUGCCCCCGAGACCAUAUAUCCUCAUCAGAGGCACGCAUUCCGAAACGGUCAAUGAUGACGAGGGACAAAAGAAAAAAGAGGAAGUUGUGGAUUUAAAGCGGAAAAAGGAAGUUGUGGAUUUUGAGUUCAAUCUGGACGUUGCGGCGAUGAUACUCAGAGGCUGGAAAGGUGACGGGAUGCCACCUUCUAGUCUAUCAUGGCAUACUGUGACUGUUGUCAAUGAUCAUGAUAUGGUAAACACAUAUCGUGGUGGGAGGUUCAGAUCUCAGGGUCCAGGAAAGUAUCCCUGGGUCCUACCCCAGGGUGCUUCUGAUACUGAAGCGGACGUGGAAAGAGGCCAAGGAGGAUAUGCGGAUGACGGAGAUGGAAAUGAUCAAGCGGCACCAUUGCUUCCGGAGAAACGCGCGGAGACGAUCCAUGCACCACCCCAAGAGGUGCAGCAUGGCGCUGAUAGCGGUCUGGGCUGGUGUGAGCGAUUCUGCGCUGAUCCUGCACCUGUCAAGAGCUUCACGCUCACCCGCACCCUCGGUGGCUUCUCUCGCGAGUCUCUUCGAGACUCCAUCGUUUCCCAUAUCCGCGCCACCAGCUACCGCGGCCACAUCAGCGUGAAGACCACUCUGCGCGAGGAAUCUGUAACCAUCUACUCCCCGCACUGGGUCAACCGCUUGCGCAACAACCCCUACAUCUUCUGGACCUGCAUCAUCUUCCAACUCUGGAUCGUCACCUGGCCGGCUAUCCUCCUCAUGGAACGCCGAUACGAGGUCGUCUUCUCAAACUGGUACGCCUCGCUCGUCACCACAGAACAAGACCCCAGCAACCCGGGUGUCGCGGAGCGCCGAAAGAUAUACGCUCGGAAUCGCGACGAGGUCGCACUAAUGGAUUACUGGGCCCCUGCGAUUAAGCACGCAGCGUGGAAUCGCCGUCGAAACGGCGAGAUCGUCACUGAGCAGGACGCGCGCAACUACGCAGGCAUGAGCGAUGACGAGAUCAUGGGCAGUAGAAAGCUCGCAGUCGAGUUAGAACUGGACAUAGACCGUCGCGAGCGCAUCAUUCGUGGCGUGGGUGAAGUCAGUCGUGAAUGGACUCGAGUUACGGGAUGGGGAGAUGAUUGUUGAAUCUCCGUCGCUUGCUACCUCAUCUGUGUAUUAUAUUAUCUUAUUAUACCCCCCUCCUCGCCCUUUGACGAACAGACGUAGAUAAUGCUAGGAUAUCCACACACAUCUCUUCUCUCUUAACCUUGUGUUUCCCCUCUCCUUCUAGUCUUGCUAAAUCUCGAGCCGAUAUUUUGGACCCAGAUAGCAAAGGAUGAGGAUCUCGACGGAUUCUGUACAUACAUACAUGAACCAACUAUGAUAUGAAGAGAGAGAGAGAGAGAGAGAGAGAGAGAGAGAGGAUGAAAUCUGCAUGUCGUAC